UCCCAGUCUCCCAGUGCCCUCUGCCUCUGGUCUGUAGAGAGAGAGAGAGAGAGACAGACAGAGAAUCAGUGUCUCUUCAUAUGCUUGUGGUAUAUUUACAGGCUUCCCAACGGUUCUUUACACCCUUUUAUUUGGUUCGCCCCGUGACCUAUUCUGCAAAAAAUCCACCUCCUCUGUCUCUCCCCAUCUCUCUCUCUCUCUCUCUCUCCCCUCUUUUGGUGCUGAAUUUUCACAGUAUAUACAGAGUCUUCGAUUUUCUUUAUUGGAUAACUUUCCUUUCUGGGAUAUAUAAAUUCCUUUUUCUGCAUCAGCCAAUACCCAAUUUACUGAUUCCCUUCGAUAUAGUUUCAGUCACCUGGGUUUUCUUUUCUCUCUAGGGUUUUGGGAUACUCUGGUUUUUUAAGAGAAAAUAGAAGAGUUAUUGGGGUUUUUUUUUGAAAAACCUUUCAACAUGUGUCCCAUCAAAUUUUAAUUCCCUUGCUCCAGUUUUGCAAUUCCAGAAAAAACCCAUUUCUCAGUGGUUCUUUCUAUUUUAAUCACACGAAAGCUGCUUGGCCCUUUCCCACUUUUCAUUUCAAACCCAAUACCUUUUCUUUCCUCUACUUUUAGGGUUUAGGGUUUUGUACCUUUUGAGUAAAGAUUUUGGCUUUUUAGAUUUUAGUCCUCCAAACAACUUGAAUUCAACAAUUCCAUGACUUCAUCUCCUCUGUUUUGUGUGUUCUUCAGCUGAAGAAUCUGAAUUUUUUGUUUCUAAAUUCUCUGUCUUUGCCUGUUGUUCCUCGGAAUCAUCAAAAUGUCUUCGUGCCUAAGCGGCGGCGGAAGAACCUAUGCCUUCGAGCUUGACAUAGUUAAAUCGCCGUCCACAUCAACCUUCACCUCCACCUCUUCUCCCUCCUCAACUCUCUCGGAAUCCAGCAACUCCGGCCUCGCAAUCUCGACACGAAAACCUCGUACCCCCCGAAAACGGCCCAACCAAACAUACAAUGAAGCCGCCGCAUUGCUCUCUACAGCGUACCCCAACAUCUUCUCCUCCAAAAGUUUCACAAAUCCCAGAAAAUUCACCAAACCUCACGACUCCUUCUUCGACCAAUCCGCGGAGUUGCUCCUGCCGUUCAGAGUCAUCGAGGCCGAAAACUCCGGGUUUUUGCUCCACCACCAACUCCAGGAAAAAUCCAGUUCCCGAUUCGAGCCCAAGUCCCUGAAUUCGUUCGAGAAGCCGUGCCGGAGUCCGGGGGAAUUCGAGUCCCCACCGAAUUGCAAUUCCGAUUCCAUGGAGUUGAGUGACGGGUAUAAUUUCCAAGAGGAAGAUUUCGAUGCGGAGUCGAUUCUCGACGAGGAAAUUGAAGAGGGGAUUGAUAGCAUCAUGGGAAGUAUGAGUGUGAACAUGGACUUGGAGGAGGAGUCUAACAAUGGCGGAGGUGGGCAAAUGAAGAAUUCGAAUCCAAAACCGAAUUCGACUUGGAAUUCCUGUUAUGGGUACCCAAUAGGGCUCGGAUUUGGCGGGAAAUUCGAGUUCGGGUCGAGAAGAGGAGGAGUGAGGCCGUUGAGGCACGUCGACGAGGGGAACUGGUGGAGUUUUCCCACCGUAGAUGUUCUUGAAAUCUCGCCCAGAUUCAACAAAUCUCUGUCAUCUUCCGCCCCGGCUCCGGCAGCGGCCACAGCCAAGAAGAAGAAGAAGAAGAAGGUGGAGAAACUGUCGGUCUUGGAAUCGAGAAUCACAGCGGAAUCGCCGAAGGAGGCGAGUCCGAUUCCCAAGCCCCCGGCGGAGGAAGAGCCCGGGCUGAAGCUGAAGUUGGACUACGACGACGUUUUGAAUGCCUGGUCGGACAAAGCGUCGCCGUUUUCGGAGGAAAUGCCGGGAUCUGAUGCGGCGGGGAAUGAUGUCGCUGCCAGGCUAGCGCAUAUUGAUUUAUUCUCAGACGUCGGAGGAUUGAGGGAGGCUAGCGUCUUGCGCUACAAGGAGAAACGUCGUACUCGCCUCUUCACUAAGAAGAUCAGAUACCAAGUUAGAAAAGUCAAUGCCGAUCAACGACCCAGAAUGAAGGGUCGAUUUGUUAGAAGGCCACAUUCUAGCACAAAUGCUCAAAGACAAAAGGAAAUAUGAUGAUUUUCCAUCAUGGCCAUAGGACACACUAUCUGGCCCCUCUUUCUCUCUUUCCCUUUGUUGUAUUAAUUAAUUAAUUAGUCUCCUAAUUUGUUAAUUAAUUUUUAUUUUUAUGUUUCUCACACUAGCUAAGAAGCCAAAGAGAUGAAGACUAGACUAGUUAAUUAAGAAGGGGAGCAUGGAGAAUCCAUCAACUUUUUAGUGUCUAGGUUCUCAUUUUCCGUACAUGUUUAUCUCUUUUUUAAUUUCUACUCUGGUUCUCAAGUCAUGAAUACCUUCUAAUAGGUAAAAGAGAUUUUUGUUGUAGGAGGCACAAGUAGCACAUAAAUGAAGUUAUUUUAGUUGAAUUUA